ACAAAUGAAAAGAAACCAACCCUCAACCAACCGCCACUCUCUCUCUCCCUGUCCGAAUCACAAACACCUUCCAUUCAUUUCACAACCCAUCUUUAGAUAUGAGUGUGUCGGCACACCGAUGCUUGAAAUAUCUCCAGCUCUGAAGCUCUGAGCCUCCCUCUACUCUCUCUCUCUCCGCCUGUACUAUGGACUCCAGGGCUCCUCUUGAUUACGCUCUGUUUCAGCUCACUCCCACUAGGACAAGAUGCGAUUUGGUGAUCUUUGCUGCGGGCGGUGCGAGCGAGAAGCUCGCCUCGGGCCUCGUGGAGCCGUUCCUUUCCCACCUCAAGUGCGCCAAAGAGCAGAUUGCGAAAGGUGGGUACUCCAUCACGCUUCGUUCGCCGCCCACAGCAGGCGCUGCCUCCUGGUUCACCAAAGCCACAUUACAGAGGUUUGUGAGAUUUGUAAGCACCCCCGAGGUUCUUGAGAGAUUUGUGACAAUAGAGAAGGAGAUUGUGCAGAUUGAGGGUUCAGUUCAAUUAAAUGAAACUGAGACAGAAGGAAAUGCGUCAGCUGCUGACGAGAAUUCUAAGAAGUCAGCUGCUUCCACUAAGUCAAAAGGUGAAUUCAAUGGAACCAGUGAUGCUGUACCAGAAGAAAAUUCCAAGGCUCGUCUUCAACGUGUUUUGGAAACUAGGAAAGCAGUACUCUGCAAAGAACAAGCAAUGGCUUAUGCUCGUGCUUUGGUCGCAGGGUUUGAAUUGGAAUACAUCGAUGACCUUAUAUCCUUUGCUGACGCAUUUGGAGCUUCACGUUUAAGGCAAGCAUGCAUAAAUUUCAUCGAAUUGUGUAAGAAAAAGAAUGAAGAUAGACUAUGGAUGGAUGAAUUAGCAGCAAUGCAGGCAUGUUCUCGGUCAGAAUUGUCAUACCUGGGAACAUCUGGAAUCAUACUUGCUGGUGAAGAUAAUGACCCUUGUCAAAAUCUCAUGAUAAAUGUUCACAGUGCUGCGCUCUCUAGCGUGAGGCCAAAUGGCUCAAUAGAUGCAGAGUCCACUGCAAGUCAUGGAAGUUUAGACAUUAACCAAGAAAACAGCUUUCCGACUUCAGCUCAUAUACCAUCAACAGAUGCAAAAGGUCAAGCACCAAUGCCAUGGCCAAACCAUCUUCCCCAGUACAUGCACAGUUUUCAAGGUCCCUCAUUUCAACAAAUGCCCCCAUAUCAAGGGUACCUCUUCCCUGGUAGGCAAGUUGCUCCUCCAUAUUAUCCAGGGAGUAUGCAGUGGCCUUCAAAUGUGGAAGAUUCUAGUUUUGGUCGGGAAGCGGAGGAUCGCCGAUAUAGUGAAUCAUAUUCCCGAAAGAAAGAGAAAUUUUCACGCAGAAAAGAACGGGAAAGUUUGGAACAGGAUGAAUACACUGAGCCCAGUGAUUCCAGUUCUGAAAGUGAUUCGGAUGAGCAUGCACAGCACAAGAAAAAGGAUUCUUCAGUGGAACAGCUGCACAGAAAAAAGCAUGGAAAGAAGUCCUCAAGAAAGGUUGUUAUCCGCAAUAUUAAUUACAUUACUUCCAAGAGAGAUGGAGAAAAGGAUGGCAUCUCACAGGGGAACUCGUCUGAUGAGGAUGAUUUCAUCAAUGAAGCUUCCCUCAAACAGCACGUGGAGGAAGCUUCUGGGUCGUUAGAGAGACAACAAAAAAGGUCUUCACAUCAUCAUAAGAAACGGAAUGGGACCAAGCAUCCCCACAACAUAGAUGGAUCAACCGCUGUGGUUGAUUCCAAGGGAGAAAAAAGAAAUGACAGCUGGGAUGCUUUUCAGAACCUUCUUUUGAGAGACAGGGAGGUGAGUUCCAAAGGUUUAGAACCACAUCCUAUACAGGGUCAGGAGGAAUAUUCUAGAACUUCAUUUUCUUUUAACCUGGAGCGGGAAGAAGUAACAAAACAACGAGUUGUUUCAAGUGAUUCCUUUGUUGUGACUGGGAGAGAUACAGGUAAUGAAGGAAAAACCUACAUCAAAAACUUCGAAGCUGGAGAAAACGCCCACCUAAUUAAGAAAAGGGACAGCACAUAUGAGGAGUUGUUAUUUUCAGAGGGAAUGGAUGGGUCAGGGAAUUCUUCAAGGGCUAAUUUAUCUGAUUUUGCAACUGAAUCUUCCAUGAUUAGAAGCCGAAAAGGGGGAGAUUGGUUUAUUGAUAACCAACCAGAUACCACAGCAAAUCGGGACAAAAGCAUAGGCGUCAAAAUGUUUGAUGGUGAUUCUUUCCACACUGAGAAAAAUAAGAAAGACAUUCUAGUUGAUGAUUCUUUUAUGAUUCAACCUCAGUCAAUAGUCAAUGAUCAAUCAAAUUCUCACUUUGGGACAGACAUAAGCAUGGUUGCAGACAUUGCAGGAGCUACUCAACAUCAAAAUGACGCAUCAGAAAUUUCACAGGAUAAGCUUGAAGCUUUUUCUGCUCAUGAGCCAGAUGACCUUUACAUGGUGCUUGAUCGUGAUUCGGCUGCAGAGCAUGUCAUCACAUCUUGGACUCCUGAAAUGGAUUAUGUGAAUAACAUUUCUUCAACUGAAGCUGAUAGAGGGCCCUCUGAUAUUGAAACAACUGGUUGCAUUGAUGAUAAGCUGGCUUCUAAUGGGAAGAGCACUGGCAGUAAAAACAGUGGAGCUCCCAAAGAAAAAGCUUCUAGUAAAGAAGCAAGGCCCAAAGCCUUGGGUGGAUCUCUUGUGAAGAGCAGAUCUGAAAUUAUAUCAAGGAGCAAGAAACCAUCUCCUGGAAGCAGAAACACAAUUCAGAAGAGUAAAUCUGAAAAGGAAGAAGAUAGUAGAAAGAAAAUGGAAGAGUUAAUGCUUCAGCGUCAGAAGAGAAUUGCAGAGAGAAGUGCUGCUAAUGGAUUCACUCCAACAUCUAAGAAGACCCCAUUUUCCACAAAAAAUGAGAAGCUGAAAACCCAAUCCUCAACUCAAGAAUCAGAGAAAUUACACAAGCCAGUGCUUAGAAGUUCCACCAUUGAUCGCCUAGCAGCUGCACGUACAAACCAGAAAGCACCAUCAACUCAAUUAAGACCUGGCCAACCUAAAAAGGCAGCAGUGAAGGCACAUGGGGCUAUUGCUACUACCUUAUCACAGAAAGCUGUUGGACCCGAGAAUAAGAAACCAGGCAUGAACAAGGUCAAAUCUACCAAUAAGAAAAAUGACCCAAAGGACUUAAAUGGGAAGCUUUCGACUGCAUUGGAUGUGCCUAGGAAGGAGGAUUGCAAGGAAGCCUCUUCAACACUUCCAAUACGGUUAACUGCUGCUCAAGCAACUCAACCUGAGCCUGUUGAUGAUUAUGAGGACAUUAAGGAGUUGCAUACUACCUCAUCAAUUGAAAAAAAUGAAGGAAAGGUUACUUCACAAGGAAACACUUUGGAUGACAAGAAAUGUAAUGGGAGUUCGCUCAAUGGGGACUCAUCUGUGCCUACUGAAGAUCACUCUGCACGGCUUGAUUACUUAAAAGGUAACAUCAACCGAGCAUCUGAAGCAUCCCUAGUUCUUCCUGAAGACAAAACAGUUUCUGAUAUUCAUGUUCAAGUUGUUCCUGAAAUAACUGCACAUCCUCUGCCAGCAUCAGCUAACAAAUCUUCGAAUACUGCUUUGAACAUUGAGGAUCGCAGUGCAGCAAAUAAAAAUUUUCAUGUCUCAACUGAAAUUUCUGAGAUAGAAAUCUCAACCCCACCACCUAGUAAUGUGUUGAGCCCAGAACCAGUCCACUCCAGGAAGAAAUGGGACAAUGUUGAAGACUCUCCUAAAGCUACCAAAGGAUUUAGAAAGCUUCUCUUGUUUGGUCGGAAAAGAUGAUAGUCUCCCUCGAAUUGAUCCCAGGGGAAUUAUUUAAUUCUCCUGCGAUGAAACUCUCCUAUAGCAUAACUUCUCUUUUCAUUUUGGAUUGUGGUUGUUCAAAAGCAGGAGGUGGACCCACCAAUUGAAUUGUUUAAUCAUUUAGUGAACAAAUGCCAUGUUUUUGUUGGGUGGAAAAAACUAGACAGCUCUCAUGCACAAUAAGGCCUUGUGUGUUGAUGCCGAAUGAAGAGUGAGUACUGUAAAUUAUCUGAAUUCAGUAUAUUCUGUGGAGAGGUUGUAAACAGGUAAUUUCCUUAUUUGGUAUACCAUAUGAAUCUGGUUUUCUAUAUACUAUAGAUCUUUUUCAUUCCACUUGUACUCAUUCAAAUUCUGUUUGUAUGUAUUACAAAACUCAGUAAUGAUUUGUUGUUGCCAUUCUUUUUGAA